UACCAGCUGUUUCCUUCCUGUUUAAAAAAAUACAAGUACAGACUACAAUUUCCCAGAAAUUUCACGGACUCCAAACGGUCAGACUGAGCAACAGCCGCCACGCAUUUAGGCUAGCUGGAACAUAUAUUUUUGAAAAAGAAGAUGGGAGUGAUGGGAGUGCAUUGAAAAGAAGAUGGGAACAUAUAUUUUUGAAAAAGAAGAUGGGAGUGCAUUGAAAAGUAGAUGGGAACAUAUAUUUUAUAUAUGCUGGAACAUAUAUAUAUAUAUAUAUAAGAACAUAUAUCCAAACCCUACAAUAAAUAGGUUACCAUCCUAUCCUAUGCCUUGAUCUCCCGCAAUGGUUACCGUCAUUUCCAAAUGCACGGUGAAAGCCGAACCACCACCAAUGCUCCUUGCUAACAAGAAAUGCCAUUUGACUCCAUGGGAUCUGGCAAUGCUCUCUCCGCAGUAUAUCCAGAAAGGCCACCUGUUCACCAAUCUUCCUCCCACCUUGUCCAUCGAUGACAUCAUCAGCAAUCUCAAAACCUCACUCUCCUCCACCCUUCACCACUUCUACCCUCUCGCAGGCCGUCUUGCUACCCAACAUGAAGUUGACAAUGAUGGUAACAUCACCGGUACCUUUGUGUUCAUCGACUGCAACAAUGAAGGAGCAGAGUUUGUUCAAGCUGAUGCUCAAUCAAUAUCAGUGGAGGAUGUUCUUGCACCUUUCUCUGACGUCCCUGCUUUUGUCCAAUCCUUCUUUCCUUAUGAUGGUGCUACUAAUCACGACGGUCACUCUAUUCCUCUUGUCGCACUGCAGCUAACAGUGUUGGCGGAUGGUGUUUUUCUCGGUUGCUCUUUUAAUCAUGUGGUUGGAGAUGGCACUUCAUUCUGGCAUUUCUUCACCACAUGGGCAGAGAUAUGCCGCUCCAAAAACAUCAAUGUUAUUCCCUCUAGACCUCCAGUUCAUGACCGUUGCUUUUUGGACGGAGCUAAACCUCCACUGAAACUACCUUUCACUCAUGAGUCUCAGUUCAUUGAAAGGUACUCCCCUCCACCUCUCCGACAAAAGAUGUUUCACUUCUCCUCAGAAACCAUAUCAAAACUGAAAGCAAAAGCCAAUAAAGAGCGUGGGUCGACAAACAAGAUAUCAUCAUUCCAGUCGCUCAGUGCGCUGAUGUGGCGGUGUAUCACCCGCGCCCGGCGAUUCCCGGCCGAGCAAGUGACGAGCUGCCGGGUGGCUAUUCAGAACAGGGCUAGAUUACAACCUUCUCAAUCUCCCAACUAUUUCGGUAACUCCAUUUACUCACUCCGCAUAACAGCGACAGCAGGAGAGCUACUUGAGAAUGAUUUUGGGUGGGCGGCGUGGGUGAUUCAUGAAGGAGUUUUGUCACAUACCAAUGAUGUCAUACGUGGGAUGGUGAAAAAAUGGGUUGAAGCACCCGUGGUUUACAGGUUGAGCAUGUUUGAUGAUUUUAGUGUGGUGAUGGGGAGUUCACCCAGGUUUGAUAUGUAUGGGUGUGAUUUUGGAUGGGGAAAGGCCGUGGCGUUACGGAGUGGGAGUGCGAAUAAGAGCGAUGGAAAGGUGUCAUCGUACCCAGGGUGGGAAGGAGGUGGUAGUGUUGACUUGGAAGUUUGCCUCCCGCCAAAGUCGAUGGCUGCUCUUGAGGCUGACCCGGAGUUUUUGGCCGCUGUUUCACCGUUUGUUUCCCUAAAGAUGAUCUCGAUCAUCGUCUCCGCUGCAUUUCCUUUCCAAACUUCGUAAACCUCGAAGACAAUCACAUCGCAAUAGGGUUUUGUUCGCAAUCAAGCGAGGUAAA